GCCUUAACAACCUAUUUGUUAUCUCUGUUCUAAUAUUUCAAUCUUCUUUUUUGUUAGAAGAAAUUAAAUAGAAAAAAGAGCUCUAGCAACAUAGUGAAAUACAUAUUAAAUGGCCAUUUCAAUUGGAAAAUUAGUAUUUGUGUGCAUUUUCUUGAUUUUGUGUGUUGAAAUGCCAACAAGUUUAGCAAAUGAGUAUGUUGUGGGUGACAAAAGAGGUUGGAGUCCGGGGGUUGAUUAUCAUCCAUGGGCUUAUGGCAAAAGCUUUCGUGUUGGAGAUGUUCUACAUUUCUUCUAUGCCCCAAAAGUGAUAGAUGUGGCCUCAGUGGAUAUUUCAAGCUAUGCACUUUGUGAUAGUAAUGUCAAAACUUUCUACAAGGAUAAUAGUGGCCAAACAUCAAUUACUCUUGACAAAUCUGGCCCAUACUAUUUCAUCUCUACAAGCAAAAAAGGGUGUUUUGAAGGUCUCAAGCUAGAGUUGCAUGUUAUUUGAAAAUUAUAUGAGGAGAAUUUAAUUUGUUAUUUUAUUUUUUUUAAGUUUUCAAUUCUUUUAUGUACUUGUAAUAAAGUUUUUGCUAAUAACAUGAAUUUUCU